CAGAACUUUUUAGUCAGAACAAUGAUGCUCCUCUCUGUAUAUAUCUGUUUACUGUAUGUGCGUUUGCUCGCAGGAUUUUUGGACGAUUUGUGUGUUAACCAUGGACCUCAAAUCAAUAUACAUAAGAAAGUCUCGUACUAGACGUUGCUCCUACCAAACGUUUCAAUUUUCGUUAUGCAGUAUUAUGGUCGAGGCUGAUACUAACCUGUAAAGCUAAUUAUCUAUCUAAACUUUUUACUGAUGACUUAAUUGCGUUUUGAUCAUCUGUGAUUGCGUUUAGUCAUAUACCAUGCGCAGACCGACUGCAGUGUAAAGCAAACUGAAUUUCGUAUUCUCAACUAUUAUGCAUGAUUUCUGUAUAUUAUCCUCGUAAAAUCGCUGUUAUUUUGACUUUUCAUUUAUGUUUCGUCUCAUGCUUCGAGUAAAAGUUGAAUACCUGUGCCAUCUUCAAAGGUGUUUUGUUAACAAUGCCAAUAAAGUAUAAAAUAUUUUAAGUGGUUUUUUCCAUAGCAUUUUGCUUAUUAUUGAGUUUGUGUUUUAUGUCGUGUAGAUUAUACCUGCCAGUGAGAUUUAUUUGAUUACCAUUCAGUUCGAUACCUCCCAGGAUUUUGCGCCGAAUUCAUUAUGGAGGAAGGUAGUUCGGCUAAGAGUUCUCACGGUGGUAGGCGUAAACAUAAGAAAUCUCGAACUUUGAGGCAGCCAAUGAGUGAAUCCCAAGAAACUCAAGAGAGUGGAGAUCGUAAAGUAUCUUCAGUUCAACCAAAUGUACAAGAGGCUCCUGUUUCAUCGUUGUUUGGUGAUGAAUCUUCUGCAAUUGAUGUUUCUUCGACGUCAAAACUAACAAGUCCACCUUCCAAACCCGCGAGACAGAAAAAGAAGCAUCCAAAAGCAAUAGAAACUGUUCAUCUUUCUGAAGAUUUCUCUAAAAUGAAUAUCAAAAGACUUUCAAUACCUAAUCGACCGGAUGGAGGGGGACAUUCGGGCAAAGAAAUGUAUGUGACUGUUAAUUGUUGGGAUUUUUCGAUAAAGCCCAAAAUUGUUUACAUGUAUCGAGCAGAAGCUCUCGCUGUAUAUCGUGGUGAUGAAGGAAACAGGACUGAAAUACGAAUGUCUGCUAAGGAUAAACGUGCUCUAAUUAAACAGGUGGCUGAUAGUUUACACGACUGUAUAAUUUACGAUGGUGGCCAUGACAUAUACUCGGCAGAUCGUUUGCCAGGGAUCGGAAAAGUUCCUACUGAGACAGAAAUGAAAAUUGUUGAUCCACUUGGUCGAGAUAAUCUUAUUCUAAAAUAUCACUUGAUGGAAGUACAGACGGUGUCAACUGACGAUGUACAACAAUACGUAGAAAACCCAAAAGCAACAUCGUUAAACAUUCCCCAAGAAUCCAUAAGAUUGUUAGAUUGUAUAUUAAGAACUGUGUCGAAGCAGUCGUUAAUAUCUCUUGGAAGAUCUGCUUUAUUUUACGAAAAGCCAGUGAAAGUCAUUGCAGAUAAGCUACUGAGUAUCCACAGAGGUUUUAUCGCUAGCAUUAGACCUCAAUGGAAGGUCCGUAUGAAUAUAGACAUGACCUACAAGGCUUUUUUCACAGCUGGUAACCUAGCAGAUGUUAUGUACGAAAAGUAUGGAGACAAUAUGGCCAGAUGUAGCUCACAAAUGGCUAACGAUUUAAGAAGAAUACGUGUUGAGACUGACAAGUUUUACAAAAGUGACAAUGGACAUGCGUAUUCUAGACGUCUCACUGUGCAUGGAAUAUCUUCUGUGCCAGCCGACAAGCUUAUGAUCGAGGAGAGAAAGCAGUCGGUUGCUGCGUACUUUGAUGAACAUCACCAUAUCAAGUUAAAAUAUCCUGAUCUUCCGUGCAUAAAGGUUGAUCAAAAACGAGAGGUUUAUAUGCCGAUGGAAUUGCUAAACAUUCUUCCUUUUCAAGCACCUAACGCGAGCAAGGCUGAUGUGGCUAGUGAGGUUAUCCGUUGUGCAGCAGUACGUCCUCAAGAACGUUUUCGAGAACUUAUGGAUUUCACUAAUUCGAUUUCAAAGGCACAUCGACUAUUUCAGUUGUUUCAAGUAAAGAUAGCAAACAAACCUGUAGAUGUAAAGUCACGUGUACUCCAGCCACCUAAAGCAGUUUUUAAUCGUCCAGAUAAAAUCCAACUGAAGGCUGGAAGUUGGAAUACUCCAGAUUUUCAUGAACCGGCUAAACGUGGUGUUGCAAUUCCAUGGGGAAUACUUUGUGUUCCAAACAACCCACGAUCUAGAGGCGACGUGGAAAAAGUCACAGACGAAUUACCGAAGGCCGCUAACCGUUUCGGUGUUUCCUUCAGCAAUAAACCAUUUAUAUCACAAUGCUCCCUUAACCAACUUGAAAAAAAGUUUGAGGAAUUUCAUCGACAAGGUUGUAACUUCAUUCUGUUGAUUCUGUACGAUGAUUUGGCUUACGGAACAAUCAAACGUUUAAGUGAUUUGAGAAUGGGUAUCCGCACACAGUGUGUUCGUGGUAGCACUCUACGCAAACCUAAUGUGUUUCCCAACCUAUUAUUGAAACUCAAUGGGAAACUUGGUGGUGUUAAUUGGAUUGUCCCAGAUCUUAUCGAGAACAGUCAGGAUUUAAUAAUGGUUUUCGGUGCUGAUGUUACUCAUCCAGCACCGACACAAUCUCAUCAGGUUCUCAAGUCAGUUGCUGCUGUUGUUGGAUCUGUCAGUCCUGAGUUAAUGCGAUACGGGGCUGUAGUUAGACAACAAGCAACUACUGAGCGAGGAAACAAAACAACAAGAGAAAUUAUUGAUAACUUGCAUCUGUCAGUUGGAGAACUGCUCACGCUGUAUUUGCGGAAUACAAAGGGACGUUUUCCUAAACGUAUUAUAUUCUAUCGCGACGGUGUCUCAGAGGGUCAGUUUGAAAAUGUUUUGGUCGAGGAGUUGUCUGCCAUUCAAAAAGCUUGCACUGAUAUUCGUCCUGGUGAAGAACCUGCUAUUACAUUUAUCGUUGUCCAGAAGCGACACCAUAUCCGUUUCAAACCACAUGAUCCCAGGGCACGGAAUGUGGAACCAGGGACUGUCGUGGAUACAGAUAUUACUCAUCGUAGAGAGUUCGAUUUCUAUAUUUGUUCUCAUGAAGGGAUUCAGGGAACAUCAAAACCGGCCCACUAUCAUGUAUUAUAUGAUGACAGUAACUUUACAUCGGACGCUCUUCAAAUGUUUACGUACCACUUAUGUUAUGCUUAUAUGCGGUGCUCUCGUAGUGUCUCUUACCCUGCUCCGGUGUAUUAUUCUCAUUUAGCUGCGUUUCGUGCACGAGAUUGGCUAUCAAACACGAACGAAGCAAGUGUUUUGCUUGAUGGUUAUGAUCGCUUCAAAGUUCACAUAUCACAAACUGAUGGGAUGUUUUUCUUGUAAAGUUUCGUUAAUUCAUUAUUUCGGAGAAAACUUUCUAUUUUAAUAUAGACCAUUACGUUUAAUAAACAAAUUAACGAUAAAUAUAAUUGUACAGUUCUUGUUAAUGAAGUCGUCGAAAAGGAAAUUUUCCCCGUUAAAUUCUCUUAUUUAUUCAUUUCAUCAUUUAUUCGAAAUAAAUUGCAUUUAUAAUGGUU